AUGCAAGUAGGGCAUUAAUGGUCAAGGAUUUCUUAUUAAACUGAAUCUCAUAAGCUUUUCAGAUAAAGAUUUAUUUAUUUUUAAUGUAAAAAAAUGUAUGAUUUUCAAACCCAACCCCUAACUGUCCUAUGUGCGCAGUGGUUUAAGGCGCUGCAUCGCAGUGCUAGCUGUGCCACUAGAGAUCCUGGACCAGUGGUCUAAGGCACUGCAUCGCAGCGCUAGCUGUGCCACUAGAGAUCCUGGUUCGAAUCCAGGCUCUGUCGUAGCCUGCCGGGAGACCAAUGGGGCGGCGCACAAUUGGUCCAGGGUAGGGGAGGGAAUGGCCGGCAGGGAUGUAGCUCAGUUGGUAGAGCAUGGUGUUUGCAACACCAGGGUUGUGGGUUCGAUUCCCACGGGGGGCCAGUAUGUUUAAAAAAUAUAUAAAAAAAAUAUGUAUGCACUCACUAACUGUAAGUCGCUCUGGAUAAGUGACUAAAAAUGUAAUUUUUUAAAUAUAUUUUACUUAUAAAUGUAUGAUCUCAAACCCAACCCCUAACUGUUCUAUGUUCGAAAAACAAAUGAUAGUCCCACAACGCCGUCAUGAAGGCAAAGGGUGGCUAGAAUCUCAAAUUAAAAAAUAUAUUUGUUGAACACUUUUUUGGUUACUACAUGAUUCCAUGUGUGUUAUUUCAUAGUUUUGAUGUCUUCACUAUUAUUCUACAAUGUAGAAAAUAGUAAAAAAAAAAAAAAAAAAACUUGAAUGAGUAGGUGUGUCCAAACUUUUGACUGGUACUGCAUGUUAACACAUAUUGUUAACAUGUAUUGAGACAUAUAAGGGACAUAUAUGUAAUAAACAUUGUAAUACAUGUAUCACACAUAUAUGAGCAUGUAAGUAUUAUGCAUAUAUGUGUAUAUAAGGCAGAAAUAUAUGCCACAUAUAUGAAAACGGAUGAUCUCCGCAUGUGUGGUUCCCACCUUGAAGCAUGGAGGAGGAGGUGUGAUGGUUUGGGGGUGCUUUGCUGGUGACACUGUCUGUGAUUUAUUUAGAAUUCAAGGCACACUUAACCAGCAUAGCUACCACAGCAUUCUGCAGCGAUACGUCAUCCCAUCUGGUUUGGGCUUAGUGGGACUAUCAUUUGUUUUUCAACAGGACAAUGACCCAAAAAACACCUCCAGGCUGUGUAAGGGCUAUUUGACCAAGGAGAGUGAUGGAGUGCUGCAUCAGAUGACCUGGCCGCCACAAUCACCCGACCUCAACCCAACCCAAUUGAGAUGGUUUGGGAUGACUUGGACCGCAUGUUUUCAUUGUGUCAUUAUGGGGUAUUGUGUACAGUCGUGGUCAAAAGGUUUGAGAAUGACACAAAUAUUAAUUUUCACAAAGUCUGCUGCUUCAGUUUUUAUGAUGGCAAUUUGCAUAUACUCCAGAAUGUUAUGAAGAGUGAUCAGAUGAAUUGCAAUUAAUUGCAAAGUCCCUCUUUGCCAUGAAAAUGGUCUUCAUGGUGCCGCUUGCUUGGUGGUGCCCCUUGCUUAGUGGUGUUGCAGACUCUGGGGCCUUUCAGAACAGGUGUGUAUAAAUACUGAGAUCAUGUGACAGAACAUGUGACACUUAGAUUGCACACAGGUGGACUUUAUUUAACUAAUUAUGUGAUUUCAGAAGGUAAUUGGUUGCACCAGAUCUUAUUUAGGGGCUUCAUAGCAAAGGGGGUGAAUACAUACGCACACACCACUUUUCCGUUAUUUAUUUUUUAGAGUUUUUUUAAACAAGUUAUUUUUUUCAUUUCACUUCACCAAUUUGGACUAUUUUGUGUAUGUCCAUUACAUGAAAUCCAAAUAAAAAAACAUUUAAAUUACAGGUUGUAAUGCAACAAAAUAGGAAAAAUGCCAAGGGGGAUGAAUACUUUUGCAAGGCACUGUAAAUCAAAUCAAAUUUUAUUGGUCACAUACACAUAUUUAGCAGAAGUUAUUGCGGGUGUAGCGAAAUGCUUGUGUUCCUAUCUCCAACAGUGCAGUACUAUCUAACAAUUCACAACAAUACACACAAAUCUAAAAGUAAAAUAAUGGAAUUAAGAAAAAUAUAAUAUUAGGACGAGCAAUGUCUGAGUGGCAUUCACUAGAAUACAGUAGAAUAGAAUACAGUAUAUACAUAUGAAAUGAAUAAAACAGUAUGUAAACAUUAUUAAAGUGACCAGUGAUUCCAUGUCUAUGUAUAUAGGGCAGCAGCCUCUAAGGUGCAGGGUUGAGUAACCGGGUGGUAGCCGGCUAGUGAUGCCUAUUUAACCGUAUGAUGGCAUUAAGUUGGUAGCUGUUUUUCAGUCUCUCGGUGCCAGCUUUGAUGCACCUGUACUGACCUCACCUUCUGGAUGAUAGUCCUGCUCUUCCUCCUGGGGAAGGACUGCCCGUUCCAUGAUCUCGCCAUCACGGUUGACAACUCCAUUGUGUCCUCCUCCCAGAGUGCAAAGAACCUUGGCGUGACCCUGGACAACACCCUGUCGUUCUCCGCUAACAUCAAGGCGGUGACCCGAUCCUGUAGGUUCAUGCUCUACAACAUUCGGAGAGUACGACCCUGCCUUACACAGGAAGCGGCACAGGUCCUAAUCCAGGCACUUGUCAUCUCCCGUCUGGAUUACUGCAACACGCUGUUGGCUGGGCUCCCUGCCUGUGCCAUUAAACCCCUACAACUCAUCCAGAAUGCCGCAGCCCGCCUGGUGUUUAACCUUCCCAAGUUCUCUCACGUCACCCCGCUCCUCUGCACACUCCACUGGCUUUCAGUUGAAGCUCGCAUCUGCUACAAGACCAUGGUGCUUGCCUAUGGAGCUGUGAGGGGAACGGCACCUCCGUACCUUCAGGCUCUGAUCAGUCCCUACACCCAAACGAGGGCAUUGCGUUCAUCCACCUCUGGCCUGCUGGCUCCCCUUCCUCUGCGGAAGCAUAGUUCCCGCUCAGCCCAGUCAAAACUGUUCGCUGCUCUGGCACCCCAAUGGUGGAACAAGCUCCCUCACGACGCCAGGACAGCGGAGUCACUCACCACCUUCCGGAGACAUUUGAAACCCCACCUCUUUAAGGAAUACCUGGGAUAGGAUAAAGUAAUCCUUCUACCCCCCCCCCCCCCCUUACCCCAACCCACCCCCCCCCCCCCCCCCCCAAAAAAAAAAAAAAAAAAAAAAAAAAAAAACACAUUGUAAAGUGGUUGUCCCACUGGCUAUAAGGUGAAUGCACCAAUUUGUAAGUCGCUCUGGAUAAGAGCGUCUGCUAAAUGACGUAAAUGUAAAUGUAAAUGUGAACAGGCCGUGGCUCGUGUGGUUGAUAUCCUUGAUGAUCUUUUUGGCCUUCCUGUGACAUCGGGUGCUGUAGGUGUCCUGGAGGGCAGGUAGUUUGCCCCUGGUGAUGGGUUGCUGUUGGGCAGACCGCACCAUCCUCUGGAAAGCCCCGCGGUUGCAGGCGGUGCAGUUGUCGUACCAGGUGGUGAUACAGCCCGACAGGAUGCUCUCAAUGGUGCAUCUGUAAAAGUUUGUGAGGGUCUUAGGGGCCAAGACGAAUUUAUUCAGCAUCCUGACUACUAUGGUGUUGAAGGCUGAGCUGUAGUCAAUGAACAGCAUUCUUACAUAGGUAUUCCUCUUGUCCAGAUGGGAUAGGGCAGUGGGCAGUGUGAUGGCGAUUGCAUCGUCUGUGGAUCUGUUGGGGCGGUAUGCAAAUUGAAGUGGGUCUAGGGUGUCAGGUAAGGUAGAGGUGAUAUGAUCCUUAACUAGCUUCUCAAAGCACUUCAUGAUGUCAGAAGUGAGUGCUACGGGGCGAUAGUCAUUUAGUUCAGUUACCUUUGCUUUCUUGGGUACAGGAACAACGGUGGACAUCUUGAAGCAAGUGGGGACAGCAGACUGGGAUAGGGAGAGAUUGAAUAUGUCCGUAAACACUCCAGCCAGCUAGUCUGCACAUGCUCUGAGGACGCGACAAGGGAUGCCGUCUGGGCCGGCAGCCUUGCAAGGGUUAACACGCUUAAACGAGAGGCCACAGUCCUUGGGAGCGGGCCGCGUCGGUGGCACUGUCUUGUCCUCAAAGCGGGCGAAGAAGGUGUUUAGCUUGUCCGGGAGCAAGACGUCGGUGUCGGCGACGUGGCUGGUUUUACCUUUGUAAUCCGUGAUUGUCUGUAGACCCUGCCACAUACGUCUCAUGUCUGAGCCGUUGAAUUGAGACUCCACUUUGUCUCUGUACUGACGUUUUUCCUGUUUGAUUGCCUUAAGGAGGGAAUAACUACACUGUUUGUAUUCUUCCAUAUUCCCAGUCACCUUGCCAUGGUUAAAUGUGGUGGUUCGCACUUUCAGUUUUGCCGAAUGCUGCCAUCUAUCCACGGUUUCUGGUUAGAGUAGGUUUUGAUAGUCACAGUGGGAAUAACUAUGCGAAUAUGUUGGAGACAGGUUUAUUGUGAACUGCUAUAGAACCACAGCGGACCUUUGACAAAUAACUCUCAGUGUGAAAAGGUGUCCCAUGGUCUGUUUUGUCAAUGAGCUCAAUGUAUUCCAAACACUGAUGAUAACCAGAUGAUCCCAAUAAUUUAGGUAGUAAACGAUGCCUCCUCUGGCAGUUGGUAGAGCAUGGCGUUUGCAACGCCAGGGUUGUGGGUUCGAUUCCCACGGGAGGCCAGUAUGAAAAAUACAAAAAUAAUGUAUGCACUCACUAACUGUAAGUCGCUCUGGAUAAGAGUGUCUGCUAAAUGACUAAAAUGUAAAUGUAUGUUCUAUUGAGAACUGUCUGGGACUAACUGUUUCCCUGUUUACUACUCAAAUAUAUUUUACUUAUUAAGUCAAAGACAAAAUUAACUACAAUACAAUGGUCUGAAAUAUAUUAGCAUAACUAGGCUACACAGAACCACGGCGGACCCACAGUAAAAUGAGAGGCUUUUCACCAUAUUAAAACGUGUCCCAGUGCAACAUGCCUAUCUCUGCCCCCUGGGAUGUGGCUUACGGAGCGCACUUUGAAAUAAGCGCUCGUUUCUUCACGUACCAACGGAUCAAGUUCUCACCACACCGGCUAGACCAAAACGGUACUUUUAGUUGCCUGGCUUGCUAGGUUGACAUUUCCUGAAUAAAUUUUUUAACGGAUGGGUUUAUUGGUGUUAAAUUAGAGAAAGUAUGCUAUUUGGAGCACCAACCUGCUGCAGAGGCUGUCAUUUUGUGUUUAUACUUUUUCAUAACGACAGCGACAAGUUUGAUGUCGGACGACAAUAGAAUGUUCCUCCCUACUACAAUUGUCUACAGACGGACUGUAAACCAGCCUUAUUUAUACUUUUUUGCAUUGACAUGAAAUCAGUCAAACCACCUCAAAACAAGUCUUGGUAUCGAGAACAAGAUGAAACGAGCCACUUACGAUUCCCUACAUGGCAGUUUCUUGUCAUUGCUGGCCAGCCAGAAUCACAACUCACGGACUUCUGCCCCACAUUGAAGAGUGCGCAUUGUUUUUGUGACUUAGUUUGUCAGCAAACCCAUCUAUAGCUAAUGUAGUGUAUGAAGAAUUAUGACUUUGCUAAUGUUUUCAAGUGGAACCUGAGAGGAUGUUUAUUCAGUUUUAGAGGGAUCCGUUUUAGAGUGACACCCCAUAGAACAGAGGAAGUCUGUUGGGUGGAGACAGGUGAUUGGUCAGUAUGGGAAACCACCCAUAUCCUGGUAAAGAUUAUAUAAGUACUGGGUAGAGACAAAGAAGAUCAGAACAGACAUAUUCUUUUGGGACACUGUUCUCCAGAUGCUGCAGACGUCUGUAAACUUAUGCUGAAAUCUUGUGAUAUAAAUAAAACUUAUAAUCAAAGUACAGUAUAAGCGAACUCCUUGGUUUCACAGCAUAAUUAGCAACGUUAACUCGACACUACACUAACUAUUUGGCCUAGCAUAGCUACUGCCAAAGCCAUUCUUCUGCGGAUACUACUGUUUACCAAAUUAAAGCCAAAUAAAGAGCUACGAAUAAUGUUUCUAUGAAAGAUAGGUAUGCCUCAAAGAUGUUUUGGUCAAAGUUGAGAAUUUCAGCUAACGUUAGCGACUUACAGUUAAGUGAGUGCAUACAUUUUUCAUACUGGCCCCCCGUGGGAAUCGAACCCACAACCCUGGCGUUGAAAGGGCCAUGCUCUACCAACUGAGCUACAGGAGGGGACACUCAACACACUACCACCACUGUCAUAUUAUGUCCAGAUGUAUUGAGGUUGAGGUUUUAAUUCACUAACCUGCUGCUCUCUUUUCUUCCAGGUGGGCACAGAGUUCACCACCAUCCUGUAUAACUUCAUGUGUAACUCCAGCUGUGUGGGAGGCAUGAACCGUCGCCCCAUCCUCAUCAUCGUCACCCCCCAGUGUGUGAUGAUGACACAACCUUCAAAACUACAAUGUCUUUCAGCAUUAUUACAGUAACUAUUUAUUGUGUAGUAUAUGGUACAGAUCUAUCUCAAACGUUUUAAUUAAAUUAAUACAAUCUUAUCGAAAAUACUCACAAUUCAACAGUCUACAUAUGUUUGUGCUCUUCCAAAGCGUUAGAUGUCGCUGUGAGACAGAUUUGAACGUGUUUCUUCUUCUUAUUUUUGGCGAAUCUCCCGCUCAAGAUUCCGGGCUUCCCGGGCUUCCUGGACUUCCUGGCAACCGUCCUUCGAUACGAACUGUGAAGGAAGCGAAGCGCUUCUGGCUCCUACAUGACAAUAACAUGGAGCUGCGAGAGCCAACUUCUCCCGCGGACGAGGCAGAUGUCAGCAGAGUAAGACAUGUUCAUUUAGGUGUAUUAGCUACAAUAAACGUCAAUCUUUGCGUGCGCGAAGUUGCAGCCACUGAGGUUAUAAAAUAACAGGGAGUUUAGCCGAGACAAAAGCGGAACAACCACUGAUUAACGUUAGCUAGCCAGAUAGCUAGCUACCAGUAACAUGGCUAGCUUAGCUAACGUUAGCUACAUAAGUGAGUACAGUCACAUAAAACAAGGAGCACAGUGGGGUGUGGGUUUUCUACAGAAACAUUGGGUAGGUUAGGUACAUUGAUUUGACCCAUAAGACCUUCACAUGUCUUACCUACUUUGCCCAAAUCUUUUUUCCUAACCUCUCAAACCUAUGUAGUUAGUAACGUGAAGUUACAGUAACAAGCAAACUAACUUAUUUUCAGAGGUAGACUGGCUCUGACAGCCAAAUACUCCCAUCUAAACGUGAAUCGAUUCUCAAUUGCGAUUAGGUUCUAGAAACAUAAAGCCCUUUACUUUCAUAUCACGUCAACAUAAAUUCACAAAUGCAAAAUAUACACUUCCUGUAUACUGUGUUAACCGGCUUUAUCAAAGUUGCAGCCGAGAGUAUUUUUCAGUGUACACGUUUCUGGUGGCCUUUUGUUACACAUAAGUGUUCGGAGCAUGCUAGACAGAUGGCUAAUUCGAUCAGGUGGUCCCUCUGUCUUCCGUAAACAUGCGGUGUAACAUGGAGAUAUGGCCGUGUGGGAACACUAACCCUAUAAAUGUGUAUCAGUGUAACCCGUUUUGUAAUUUUAAUUUUUUAACACAUUUUCGCCGAAAUGAAAGAUAAGAUAAUGUAGAAAUUGAGCAAGUUAAGUUGACUAAACUGAUUGGAGUAACCCUGAAUUGUAAACUGUCAUGGUCAAAACAUAUUGAUACAACAGUAGCUAAGAUGGUGAGAAGUCUGUCCAUAGUAAAGCUCUGCUCUGCCUUCUUAACAGCACUAUCAACAAGGCAGGUCCUACAGGCCCUAGUUUUGUCGCACCUGGACUAAUGUAAAAUUAGUUUUAAAAAACAGAUAAAAAUACACCUUAUGGAACAGCGGGGACUGUGAAGCAACACAAACAUAGGAACAGACACAUGCAUACACACGAUAACAUACGCACUAUACACACACGUACACAUGGAUUUUGUACUGUCAAUAUGUGGUAGUGGUGGAGUAGGGGCCUGAGGGCACACAGUGUGUUGUGACAUCUGUGAAUGUAUUGUAAAGUUUUUAAAAUUGUAUGAACUGGCUUAAUUUUGCUGGACCCCAGGAAGAGUAGCCAGCUAAUGGGGAUCCAUAAUAAAUACAAAUACAAAUUGCCACAAAGAGGGACUUAAAAAAUGGCAUUAUAAUGUAUAUUACUGCCUUCAUUUAGCUGGACCCCAGGAAGAGUAGCUGCUGCCUUGACAGGAACUAAUGUGGAUCCAUAAUAAACCCCAGGAAGAGUAGCUGCUGCCUUGGCAGGAACUAAUGGGGAUCCAUAAUAAACCCCAGGAAGAGUAGUUGCUGCCUUGCCAGGAACUAAUGGGGAUCCAUAAUAAAUCCCAGGAAGAGUAGCUGCUGCCUUGGCAGGAACUAAUGGGGAUCCAUAAUAAACCCCAGGAAGAGUAGCUGCUGCCUUGGCAGGAACUAAUGGGGAUCCAUAAUAAACCCCAGGAAGAGUAGCUGCUGCCUUGGCAGGAACUAAUGGGGAUCCAUAAUAAACCCCAGGAAGAGUAGCUGCUGCCUUGGCAGGAACUAAUGUGGAUCCAUAAUAAACCCCAGGAAGAGUAGCUGCUGCCUUGGCAAGAACUAAUGUGGAUCCAUAAUAAACCCCAGGAAGAGUAGCUUCCUAAUGUGGAUCCUUAAUAAAUACAAAUACAGACCUUCUUGUGCUUCCAAAGAAGUACCGCAAGCGAUGCAUGUUAAUGUUCAAAUCGAGUGUUGGGGCUUUAAAAAUAAUAAUAAAAAACUCCCCUACAGAAUGACUCUUAAUGUGUAAUGUAAUGGAACUGAGAGUCAUGAUCAAGGGCUAGUUUACUAGCCAGUCAACAUAACUAAUUAGCUAGCUACAGGUUGCUGGGUCUGUCAACAUAACUAAUUGGCUAGCUACGGGUUGCUGGGUCUGUCAACGUAACUAAUUGGCUAGCUACAGGUUGCUGGGUCUGUCAACGUAACUAAUUGGCUAGCUACGGGUUGCUGGGUCUGUCAACAUAACUAAUUAGCUAGCUACAGGUUGCUGGGUCUGUCAACAUAACUAAUUAGCUAGCUACAGGUUGCUGUGUCUGUCAACAUAACUAAUUAGCUAGCUACAGGUUGCUGGGUCUGUCAACAUAACUAAUUAGCUAGCUUCAGGUUGCUGGGUCUGUCAACAUAACUAAUUAGCUAGUUACUGGGUCUGUCAACAUAAGUAAUUAGCUAGCUACAGGUUGCUGGGUCUGUCAACCCAUAACUAAUUAGCUAGCUACAGGUUGCUGGGUCUGUCAACCCAUAACUAAUUAGCUAGCUACAGGUUGCUGUGUCUGUCAACAUAACUAAUUAGCUAGCUACAGGUUGCUGGGUCUGUCAACCCAUAACUAAUUAGCUAGCUACAGGUUGCUGGGUCUGUCAACAUAACUAAUUAGCUAGCUACAGGUUGCUGGGUCUGUCAACCCAUAACUAAUUAGCUAGCUACAGGUUGCUGGGUCUGUCAACCCAUAACUAAUUAGCUAGCUACAGGUUGCUGUGUCUGUCAACAUAACUAAUUAGCUAGCUACAGGUUGCUUGGUCUGUCACAGAGUAGAAGUGAAAUAAUCCAGCUCCUGUCUAUGAUCUACAGUUAAUAGCAACUAGCUAUAGCUAUGCAGAUGUGCUAAAGCUCCUAUGCUCAGGACAUAGCCAUACUAUCAACUGUUGUUUGAAGAGUUAGUGUUUUAUUCUGUGAUGUCCUGGUUUUAUUGGUGUUUUAUUUUUUCCAUGUUUCAGAGGACUGAGUCAUGGUUCCAUCUCCCAACAGCAGAGGACAGGAAUCAGUUCCUGGAUCUUGGUAAGGCACCAGUCCACCCUGCUAUGCUAUGGAGGGUCAGUCUCAGCACAGUGCCAACCACACACACAGACACACUGUCAACAUGACAAGGGACUGGCAACUCCAACAACUAGGUGACAGGUCUUGCUCUUUGAAGCUAGCUGUCUGUCUGUCUGUCAUAAAACAACCUUUCUGUUAUGUUUUGUGACAUGGGUCUCACAGAUGAAUGAAUCACCAGAAGUGAUAGAGAUAACAUUGUAAUAAAUUGAAAACUGCUUUACUGUAUCUGCUAUUUCAUUAUUUUCAUUAUUUUUAAUAUGUUUACUUUUUUCAUUAGAAUUUCAGGACAGUCGUCUGUCACCUGCCCUUGCUCUGCUGCCAGAGUAUGACUUCUCGGAGUACUCGCUCUUCCAACAAACAACAGACUUAGAGUUUGCCCCUUUAAGGUAGGUAGCGCUUUGUUCAUUUGUAAAUGCAGAAAUUACUCUAAUGAAUAAAGGUCACUAUACCAGUAUGAAUAGUUUUUGAACAAACAUCACUAUAUCAUUAGCAUGAAAUAGAAAUUACACUUUCUCUGAGCAUUUGUUAGCGCUUGCGGCCGCAUAUCUAUCACUAAACUGUAUGAAGACUAGCUGAUUAUUGAAAAGUAACCCAGGCUUGUGUUAUGCAUGUCUCCUGUUUGUCUUGUCAGGGGGUCUCCAGACGUGUCGGUAGCCUCUGAGAGGUUUCUGACACCCCAGGCCAAGGGUAGUAUUGGUGUUGUCCAGCCGUCUGACCCUCACCGUGCCUCUCUGUCCCAGCAUCCUCUGGCCUACACCUCCACCCUGUCUGAGGUCAGCUGAUCUUUCUCUACCUGUAACCUUCAUAUAGUAACCGAUGCUAGCUACUUCUUGUCCCUCAUACUGUGCUAGCCUGCCAAAUAUAGCUAACACCACCAGAUCACAGAGCUAAAAACACCACCAGAUCACAGAGCUAAAAACACCACCAGAUCACAGAGCUAAAUGGAGCUAACACCACCAGAUCACAGAGCUAAAUAUAGCUAACACCACCAGAUCACAGAGCUAAAUAUAGCUAACACCACCAGAUCACAGAGCUAAAUGGAGCUAACACCACCAGAUCACAGAGCUAAAUGGAGCUAACACCACCAGAUCACAUAGCUAAAUGUCGCUAACACCACCAGAUCACAGAGCUAAAUGGAGCUAACACCACCAUAUCACAGAGCUAAAUGGAGCUAACACCACCAGAUCACAGAGCUAAAUGUAGCUAACACCACCAGAUCACAGAGCUAAAUGGAGCUAACACCACCAGAUCACAGAGCUAACACCACCAGAUCACAGAGCUAAAUGGAGCCAACACCACCAGAUCACAGCGCUAAAUGGAGCUAACACCACCAGAUCACAGAGCUACCACCACCAGAUCACAGAGCUAAAUGGAGCCAACACCACCAGAUCACAGAGCUAAAUGGAGCUAACACCACCAGAUCACAGAGCUAAAUAUAGCUAAAACCAUAUCACAGAGACAACACCACCAGAUCACAGAGCUAAAUAGAGGUAACACCACCAGAUCACAGAGCGAACACCACCAGAUCACAGAGCUAAAUGGAGCCAACACUACCAGAUCACAGAGCUAACAUCCCCAGAUCACAGAGCUAACACCCCCAGAUCACAGAGCCAACACCACCAGAUCACAGAGGUAAAUAUAGCCAACACCACCAGAUCACAGAGCCAACACCACCAUAUCACAGAGCUAAAUGGAGCCAACACCACCAGAUCACAGAGCCAACACCACCAGAUCACAGAGCUAAAUGGACCCAACACCACCAGAUCACAGAGCUAAAUGGAGCUAACACCACCAGAUCACAGAAAUAAAUAUAGCUAACACCAUAUCACAGAGCCAACACCACCAGAUCACAGAGCUAAAUGGAGGUAACACCACCAGAUCACAGAGCUAACACCACCAGAUCACAGAGCUAAAUGGAGCCAACACUACCAGAUCACAGAGCUAACACCCCCAGAUCACAGAGCUAACACCCCCAGAUCACAGAGCCAAUACCACCAGAUCACAGAGCUAAAUAUAGCUAACACCACCAGAUCACAGAGCUAAAUAUAGCUAACACCACCAGAUCACAGAGCUAAAUAUAGCUAACACCACCAGAUCACAGAGCUAAAUGGAGCCAACACCACCAGAUCACAGAGCUAAAUGGAGCCAACACCACCAGAUCACCGAGCUAAAUGGAGCCAACACCACCAGAUCACAGAGCUAACACCACCAGAUCACAGAGCUAAAUGGAGCCAACACCCCCAGAUCACAGAGCUAACACCCCCAGAUCACAGAGCCAACACCACCAGAUCACAGAGCUAAAUAUAGCUAACACCACCAUAUCACAGAGCCAACACCACCAGAUCACAGAGCUAAAUGGAGGUAACACAACCAGAUCACAGAGCUAAAUGGAGCCAACACUACCAGAUCACAGAGCUAACACCCCCAGAUCACAGAGCUAACACCACCAGAUCACAGAGCUAAAUAUAGCUAACACCACCAGAUCACAGAGCUAAAUAUAGCUAACACCACCAGAUCACAGAGCUAAAUAUAGCUAACACCACCAGAUCACAGAGCUAAAUGGAGCCAACACCACCAGAUCACAGAGCUAAAUGGAGCCAACACCCCCAGAUCACAGAGCCAACACCACCAGAUCACAGAGCUAAAUGGAGCUAACACCACCAGAUCACAGAGCUAAAUGGAGCUAACACCACCAGAUCACAGAGCUAACACCACCAGAUCACAGAGCUAAAUGGAGCCAACACUACCAGAUCACAGAGCUAACAUCCCCAGAUCACAGAGCUAACAUCCCCAGAUCACAGAGCUAACACCCCCAGAUCACAGAGCCAACACCACCAGAUCACAGAGCUAAAUAUAGCCAACACCACCAGAUCACAGAGCCAACACCACCAUAUCACAGAGCUAAAUGGAGCCAACACCACCAGAUCAGAGCCAACACCACCAGAUCACAGAGCUAAAUGGAGCCAACACCACCAGAUCACAGAGCUAAAUGGAGCUAACACCACCAGAUCACAGAGCUAAAUAUAGCUAACACCAUAUCACAGCGCCAACACCACCAGAUCACAGAGCUAAAUGGAGGUAACACCACCAGAUCACAGAGCUAACACCACCAGAUCAGAGCUAAAUGGAGCCAACACUACCAGAUCACAGAGCUAACACCCCCAGAUCACAGAGCUAGCACCCCCAGAUCACAGAGCCAACACCACCAGAUCACAGAGCUAAAUAUAGCUAACACCACCAGAUCACAGAGCUAAAUUUAGCUAACACCACCAGAUCACAGAGCUAAAUAUAGCUAACACCACCAGAUCACAGAGCUAAAUGGAGCCAACACCACCAGAUCACAGAGCUAAAUGGAGCCAACACCACCAGAUCACAGAGCUAAAUUGAGCCAACACCACCAGAUCACAGAGCUAAAUGGAGCCAACACCACCAGAUCACAGAGCUAAAUGGAGCUAACACCACCAGAUCACAGAGCUAACACCACCAGAUCACAGAGCUAAAUGGAGCCAACACCCCCAGAUCACAGAGCUAACACCCCCAGAUCACAGAGCCAACACCACCAGAUCACAGAGCUAAAUAUAGCUAACACCACCAUAUCACAGAGCCAACACCACCAGAUCACAGAGCUAAAUGGAGGGAACACCACCAGAUCACAGAGCUAACACCACCAGAUCACAGAGCUAAAUGGAGCCAACACUACCAGAUCACAGAGCUAACACCCCCAGAUCACAGAGCUAACACCACCAGAUCACAGAGCUAAAUGGAGCUAACACCACCAUAUCACAGAGCUAAAUAUAGCUAACACCACCAGAUCACAGAGCUAAAUAUAGCUAACACCACCAGAUCACAGAGCUAAAUAUAGCUAACACCACCAGAUCACAGAGCUAAAUGGAGCCAACACCACCAGAUCACAGAGCUAAAUGGAGCCAACACCCCCAGAUCACAGAGCGAACACCACCAGAUCACAGAGCUAAAUGGAGCUAACACCACCAGAUCACAGAGCUAAAUGGAGCUAACACCACCAGAUCACAGAGCUAAAUGGAGCUAACACCACCAGAUCACAGAGCUAAAUGGAGCUAACACCACCAGAUCACAGAGCUAAAUGGAGCUAACACCACCAGAUCACAGAGCUAAAUGGAGCUAACACCACCAGAUCACAGAGCUAAAUGGAGCUAACACCACCAGAUCACAGAGCUAAAUGGAGCUAACACCACCAGAUCAGAGCUAAAUGGAGCUAACACCACCAGAUCACAGAGCUAAAUGGAGCUAACACCACCAGAUCACAGAGCUAAAUUGAGCUAACACCACCAGAUCACAGAGCUAAAUGGAGCUAACACCACCAGAUCACAGAGCUAAAUGGAGCUAACACCACCAGAUCACAGAGCUAAAUGGAGCUAACACCACCAGAUCACAGAGCUAAAUGGAGCUAACACCACCAUAUCACAGAGCUAAAUGGAGCUAACACCACCAGAUCACAGAGCUAAAUGGAGCUAACACCACCAGAUCACAGAGCUAAAUGGAGCUAACACCACCAGAUCCCAGAGCUAAAUGGAACUAACACCACCAUAUCACAGAGCUAAAUGGAGCUAACACCACCAGAUCACAGAGCUAAAUAGAGCUAACACCACCAUAUCACAGAGCUAAAUGGAGCUAACACCACCAUUUCACAGAGCUAAAUGGAGCUAACACCACCAGAUCACAGAGCUAAAUAUAGCUAACACCACCAGAUCACAGAGCUAAAUAUAGCUAACACCACCAGAUCACAGAGCUAAAUAUAGCUAACACCACCAGAUCACAGAGCUAAAUAUAGCUAACACCACCAGAGGAAACAGAAUAAACAUUGUGUGGUGAUCUUUAGCUCUGUGAUCUGGUGGUGUUAUAUUGUUGAGUGGAUCUGGUAGCAACAAGUCAAUUAUAAUAAUCAUUUAGGGUUGUUUAUAUUUGUCCUGUUAGUGUGUAUUGGAAAUGUGUUUCUUGCAUAUCCCAACUCCCCCUGAGACACCCGCAGGGAGUGGGGUCAUGGCCAGGGUCACCAUUGUCACCAGCGCCCCCUGGAACAAUUAAGGUUAAGUGCCUUGCUGAAGGGCACAAGUGACAGAUUUUACACCUUGUCGGCUCUGGGAUUCGAACCAGCGACCUUUCAGUUACUGGCCCAACGCUCUAAUCUCGAGGCUACCUGCUGCCCCAAUUUGUGUCCAUACCUGGUUUGUUUUGUGUUUGGUAAGGCGUAUGCUUUCUUUUUCAGCACCCUCUGGGCCACACCUCCACCCUGUCUCAGUCAGAGGAGGGGGUCAGUUCCCUCUCCGAACACAGCCUGUCCCCUGGUGACGGGCUGGGACAACCAGAGGAGGACCGCUACCCAGCCACCGUCAGGGAUGACGAGGGGCAGAAGACUCCUCGUUCUGGGGUACUGGUCGGGGCAGGGAGGGGGAAAAUCUAUAUUAUAUUAUAUAUAGUAUACUGUAUAUAAACUGUGUCAAUUCCUCUGUCUGUAUAUUUUCUCUAUUGCUGGCAUUACCAUAUCACCAAGUAAAAUUCUGUGUAUAUUUAAAUGUCCUUGGCUAAUAAAUUCUGAUUCUGAUCACUAGACACGUACCGGUCUCCUUGACCCAGACAGACCUCUGGCUGUGCUCCCUGAAGACAACACGUCGUUCCUCAGCGGGGACAUCCCUGCUAGAAAGCUGCUGGAGCUGCUCCAGAAGGACGUUGGCGUGCCCAGCGGUACCAGCAGUGCUGUCUCCUCUGCCUCUGAGACCUCUCUCAACAGGGGAGAAUCCAGGAGCGGCAGUGCUGUCUCCUCUGCCUCUGAGAUCUCUCUCAACAGGGGAGAAUCCAGGAGCGGCAGCUGUGUUUCCAAACCAGAUGGCUUGAGAGAAAAGAGGGAUAUUAGCCAAAGAGUGCAGCCUGACGUCUCACCUGAGCUGCAGCCCUGACGUCUCACCUGAGCUGCAGCCUGACGUCUCACCUGAGCUGCAGCCUGACGUCUCACCUGAGCUGCAGCCCGACGUCUCACCUGAGCUGCAGCCUGACGUCUCACCUGAGCUGCAGCCUGACGUCUCACCUGAGCUGCCGCCACCAGUCACAGGGAGAAGAGAAGCCCCCCAGGGAGGAGCCUCCAUCUCACCUGAGAAGAAGGAGAAACUCAAAAGUAAACAGUCUUCAAGGAUGUCUGAGAUUUCCAACAUCACCAUCCGUUCCCUGAGCAACCAGCCGGCUGACAGUAGCGAUGCGCUCCGCAGGCGGCUCUGCUCGGAGCUAGAGAGGAGUCUCAGCCCUGGGCCCCUACCCUCCUCCCACAGUGAAGUCAAUACAGCUGACAUCGUCACCAAGACACCUGACGUUUCAACCGCUGAGCCCUCCAAAGGGAGGUCGAGCGUGACCAGAGGGCUACUGGCCGCUGUGUUAGGAUCUGGGGUCGGGCCCCAGUUCUCAGCAGGGUUCAGUGUGGAGCGAGGCCACAGGGAGAGGGCUCUCUGGUCCUCAGGGAACCAGACAGGGAUAGAACCGGAUGUCUCGUUCCUGGGCCUCCUACCCCAGCCCGUGUCCCAGUCCACCCCUGGGGUGUUCCUCCACGCUCCAGUCAGAUCCAGCUCUAAGCCUCAUCUAGGACAACUGUCUGCCCUCACCUUUAACAUGGAGGCCUCUCAGCGCUCCUCAGGCUCCAGAGCCUCCAACCAGCCCCAGCCUGAUAGAGCCACCCCUGACCCAGACCCCCCUCUGCCUGCCAAAGAGACAGGAAGAAGUCACCAUUCUCUCCCCAGUCUUAACUAUCUACAGAAGGUUGAUGCCUGGAAGGCCAACCAGAGCUCCAACCAGACGUCGUUCUAUGACAACCUGUCUCUUCAGGGCUUCUCCUGGGUUUCUCCCAAGCAGGAGGCCAGCGAUGCAGUCUCGGACUCUCUGACCCGUAUGCUGACUCUUCCACAGCCGGGCAACCAGACCCUCAGCCUGUCUGUAUCUGGACCCUCCUCCCCUACCAGAGGGGAGGCAGCAGGUAGCGGUCCCCCUGAGAGAGAGGACACAGCAGGGCCUGUAGGAGGGCCAUCCCCCCUGGGCAGGUCUCAGUCCCACUCCUCCCUCAACACAGUGGUCACGUCUAUCCAGAGAGCUCGGCAGGCACAGACAGAGGAGGAGACCGCUCCAGGCCAGCCCGGGGAGUUGGAGAGGAGCCAGGGAGGAUCAGGGUCAGGCAGGGUUCAGUCGGGAGGUAGACCUGGGCCUGAACAGCCCGGUGGUGCUCCAACCGAGCCCUUUGCCUUCAUCAGCCUGGGACGCUUCAGUAACGUGUCAUCAAACCGAGAUGUCCUCUCCAGCUCCCAGGACAGUGGCCACAGUGGGCAGAACUUUGAGGCGUCCGUCAGGGCUGCUUCUUCUUCUGUGGUCAGUCUGGAGGUAGAUAACUACGCCCCGUACUGGUCCUCCAAACCCUCCUCACCACACAAGGAGAGGGAGCUCAACAUCGAAGAAAGGAUUCCGGUAAGACUCAUUUUACAACUUAUGUGAGGAGGGAUGGUGUCCAACGUCGGCUGCUCUGUUGAUCACUCUGUUGUUGAUAACACCAUAUCUAUACAAUAAUAUAUUCUUAUGGACUCAUUGCAUAUGACUGUUGUUUUGAUUCUGAUCUGCAGAUGUACCUCCACAACCUUGGGAUCGACCAAUCUCCUUCUACGAUCCUCACUCCCUUUGGACCUCGAGGGCCAAUCAGAGAGCCAGAGUUCUCUCCCACUGAUCUGUGCACCAUAAAGGGAUCCACAGCCACUGGCACUCCAACCAAGAGCGCACAGCCUUCUGAAGGUAGGUAGGUAGGUAGGUAGGUAGGUAGGUAGGUAGGUAGGUAGGACAGCCUUCUGAAGGUAGGAAGGUAGGUAGGUAGGUAGGUAGGUAGGUAACCCAUCCUAAAGGACAUCCUUCUGAAUUUAUUCAUACUAUUUCAUUCUUCCACAAGAGAUAGUCGUGAAACAAAUCUAGGGUUGCUACCCAAGCCGGCUGGUCGUUCGUUCUGUCGUUUCGGUUGCCAGAGACGAGACCCAGUCAUUCAGUCUUUUUGUUCUGUAUCUAUGGACGAGACCCAGUCGUUCAGUCUUUUUGUUCUGUAUCUAUGGACGCGACCCAGUCGUUUGUUCUAAAUGUUCCAUUGCCAUUUUGGCUGGCAACGUUCUCAUCCCUUGCUUUCUGGCUAGCCAACUACGGCUAACUGACAGUCACGUCAAACAGUGCAGCCAGAAUAACAACAGUAGCUGCAUUUGUUUAAGCUGUUUUCUAGUGACAUUUAUUUGGAUACAUCCAUAACAAUGAGCUAAUGAUGCGCAUUUUCACCUGGCAUAGAAAAUGUGCUCUCUCGUCAGGACACUGUUGUUCAGAGGAGCUAGCCAACAACACAGCUAACACAAUCACUUCAAACUGAAGCUGGAAAGACUUCAAACUAGUUGCACUUCGUUUCAUUUUACCUGUUUUCUAUUGAUAGUUCUUUGUAUAUAUCCAUACAAAUUAUGGUGAUUCAUGAUUUCGUCUGGCUGAGAAAAGCUGUCUGCCUGUGUCUCCUCCCGACUCCCGACACGUUCAUUACGAUGGGACAUCUGGAGAUAGAAUUUGAAUGUUAAAACAAUGUUGCAAAUGUCGAAAACGAAAUGUUAGUCUAAAAGAAAUGUGAGAUCAAUGCUUUUUAUAGUGGAGAUCAAGUUUAUAAAUUGCCUGGCUGGGCUGAUGAGACGGUGGAUUUCGCAGUGAGACGGAACAGAGCAAAUAGGCAUUUUAACGUCAUAGAUUUAGCCGUCUGGAAUGCGGUUUUAACCGAUCAGCAUUCAGGAUUAGACCCACCCGUUGUAUAAUAAAGUAACAUCCUCUCCUCUCCCGUGGUGUUCCCAGGCGACAGCCCUCAUAAAGGAGAGUUCUCCAGGUCCAGCCUGCUGUCUGUGGCCUCAAGCGUGUCUCUACCUCUCAGUGUGGACAGCCUCCAUCUCCAUCCCAUAAGGAGCCAGGCAGAGAAGACCUGGGGCUGCCUGUCCCCUUCUCCGGGCCCAGACAGAGACGGGUCACCCAGCCGGGCCAGGUCUCCGGGCCCAGACAGAGACGGGUCACCCAGCCGGGCCAGGUCUCCGGGCCCAGACAGAGACGGGUCACCCAGCCGGGCCAGUCUGAGGAUGGCCCUCUGCCCCCUGGAUGUCUCAGUUGAGGAUACUGAGUUCCAGGACUCCCAGCAGGUCCCUCACUACCUCCAGCCCUCCUCCGCUGCACCACAGUCCGCCCAGCCCCAAGACCUUCACCGCAACCAGUUCCCUGUGCCAGAGUUCAAUAAGCAAAAGUACCCUGGCUUGCUCCCGGAACUACAGUCCACUGAGCAACAUCAGAGAGACAGCAGAGUUAAUGUCUCUACCCAGGCUGCUAUAGAGCUGACAGGGAGGAUUGAAUCCAGUGCUGACAGCUUAUCUCAGUACAGAGACUGGGACAGACUAUCUAGAGACAGGGACAGAGACAGCUUGUCUCAAUACAAAGAUGGAGACAGAGACAGUUUAUACAGGGACAAAGACAUGGACAGAGACAGAGACGGCUUGUCUCAGUACAGAGACAUGGACAGAGACAGCUUGUCACAAUACAGAGACAUGGACAGAGACGGCUUGUCUGAGUACAGAGACAUGGACAGAGACAGAGACAGCUUGUCUCAGUACAGAGACAGAGCGGUAGCAUCCUGUCUCCAGGUUAACACCACCAUGGAUCGUAGUAAUCCUGAUGAUUCCUUCGUAGGCUCCCAGACGCUGCAGGACAUUAGGCGUCUGCUGGGCCGGGCUGAAAACAUUGUGUCAGGUGGGUCCUCCUCCUCUGGCGGCUCCUCCCACCUCCUCCACUCUGACGACGACAUCCUGCUCCUCUCUCUCAGGAGGAAGAUGGAGGGAUUCCAGGACUCCUCCUUCACCUCCUCCUCCUCUGCUGGGGCCGGGGUGGGGACCCCCAGGAGUCACUCCUCCCUGCUUUGGGCCCGUUCCUCCUCUGACUCCAUGCUGCUGGCAGAUAGGAAGAGAGACGGGGAGAGGGAGAGGGAGGGGGAGAGGGAGAGGGAGAGGGAGGGGAGAGGGAGAGGGAGAGGGAGAGGAAGGGGGAGGGGGAGAGGGAGAGGGAGAGCUCUGCCUACAGCGGGGAAGGUCAAGUCAGGCUAACUAGAGAAGCAGAGCACCAGUCCACACAGGCCCUGAGCGGCCCACCCGCCAGAGAGGAGUCUGGGAGACUACCACAGGACAGAGAGCAUUAUGGGAGACCACAGGACAGUUCUGAAGACAGAGAGCAUUAUGGGAGACCACAGGACAGUUCUGAAGACAGAGAGCAUUAUGGGAGACCACAGGACAGUUCUGAAGACAGAGAGCAUUAUGGGAGACCAUCACAGGACAGCUCUGGCGGUAGCUCCACCUUCCUCCUGACCGAAUCCGUGCGGAGGGCGGAGCCUGAGGGCUGCAGCGCCGGCCUCUCGGACACGGUGAUUGGGCCUGUGCUGCUGUCUGUCAUGCAGGUCAGCCAACCUGGUCCCUCAUUGGGUGAUGCUGGCGGUGGCAAGCUACAGCGGGCUCCAACAACAACAAUGGGAGGAGGGAACACAUUGGAGGGGUCUCCAGCAGAGAGAAGCUCUUCCUCCUCCUCCUCCUCCUCUUCGUCCUCCUGUCCCGGGGGCUCUGAGCAGGGGUGUGGAGGUCUGUCUGACCCUGCCCAACGUGGGGAUCAGGGUGGGGACCAGGGUGGCGAUGCUCUGAGUGAUGGUGGCAGCAGUGGUAGUUCUCUAGCAGCCAGGGUAGCCAGGCUGCUGCGGAGUGAGUCCCCAGGCACAGAGGUGUCCCUGUCCAGCCGAGCCAGUACCGCCACCGCAGACCUGGAGGAAAGCAGGGCCAGAGGUCAGUAACUAGACACUACCAAGGCUUCAUUCUAUAGUGCACUACUUUCCACCAGGGCCUAUUGGGGCUCUGAGCAAAGGUAGUGCACUAUGUAGGGAAUAGGGUUUCAUUUGGGACAGUACCUACCUAGGGCCUGCUUACCACCGGUAUGGGGUAGGGAUUAACACCGGUAACCGGGAUCCCGGGACUGUCCCGGGAACGCUCUUCACAUUUCCACCCCCAAAAAAAAUUCUGACAAGACAUGAGAAAUUACAACGUUUUCCCCAAUGUGACACUAAUGCAGUUCCACAAAAUACACAACAUGAGCAGUAGCAGAUUGGCAAAAAAAACUAAAAUGGCGCAAUGAGGCGAGAUGAGGAAACAGCCAUUGGGCCUAGAAAAAGCCCAGAGAGGAAAACUCACCUUUAAUUUACCUUUAGAUGAGCAUUUCAGCACCGUUUUGAUUGGGACAGCACCAUCGCGUGGGGGACUCGUCUAGAUAAAUCAAUCAAUCAGUGUCAGAUUUUUUUUUCUUCUCUCCACUGAAUCUACGUUUGGAUAUUUGGUAACGAUUAGGCUGGGGAAAUGUUAGCUAGUUGACCGGGGGCAGCUCUAGCAAGGCAGAAAUGUUGACGAAAUGACGUGUUGGAAAGGUGCCAUCCUAUGAUGGUGCCACGUUGAAAGUCACUGAGCUCUUCAGUAAGGCCAUUCUACCUGCCAAUGUUUGUCUAUGGAGAUUGCAUGGCUGUGUGCUCGAUUUUAUACACCUGUCAGCAACGGGUGUGGCUGAAAUAGGCAGAACUCCACUCAUUUGAAGGGUGUCCACAUACUUAGGGUGUAUAUAUAUAUAUAUAUUAUAUAUAUAUAUAUAUAUAUAGAUAUAUAAUAUAUUAAUAUAUAUAUAUAUAUAUAUAUAGGGUAUAUGCUGAUCAGUUAUUGAAGUGGAUUUGGUUCUUCAGCCUGUCCUACUCCCGACCAAAAAGACUGUGACUUGUCUGAUAAUCAAUCAAUGUGAUUUUGUUUUACUGAAUCUCUGUCUAUAUAUUUGGUUAAUUGAUAUCUGGCUGGGCAAGUGGAAGUGGUAGAUAAUUUAUUUGUUUGCUCAUGUAGCCUAAAUCAAGAGUAUUAUGUAUCCAUUGACUCACGUAGGAGCCUUUUAUAUAGAGGCUAUUUUCCCAUCGUCCCAAUCCCACUAAAACCCCAAAUCCUGACUCCUGUCUCGCGUGAAGAUUCCUGACUUUAUUCUGUAAUCCAUAGGGUUGCGUGAUCAAAUCUCGCCUACGCGUGUCAUAAUUCCUCUGUAACAUUUCCCCCGCUUCUCUGCGCUGUCUCGUAUUGCUGCCCACUGUUAAGCAGUGGUGUAAAGUACUUAAGUAAAAAUACUUUUUUGGGGUAUCUGUACUUUUACUAUUUAUAUUUUUGACAACUUUUACUUCACUACAUUCCUAAAGAAAAUUGUGUACUUUUACUCCAUACAUUUUCCCUGACACCCAAAAGUACUUGUUACAUUUUGAAUGCUUAGCAGGACAGGAAAAUGGUCCAAUUCAUACACUUAUCAAGAGAACAUCCCUGGUCAUCCCUACUGCCUUUAAUCUGGCGAACUCACUAAACACGCAUGCUUCGUUUGUGGAAGUUUGGGGAAGGACCUUUCCUGUUUCAGCAUGACAAUGCCCCCUGUGCACAAAGUGAGGUCCAUACAGAAAUGGUUUGUCGAGAUCUGUGUGGAAGAACUUGACUGGCCUGCACAGAGCCCUGACCUCAACCCCAUCCAACACCUUUGGGUUGAAUUGGAACGCUGACUGCGAGCCAGGCCUAAUCGCCCAACAUCAGUGCCCAACCUCACUAAUGAUCAUGUGGCUGAAUGGAAGCAAGUCCCCGCAGCAAUGUCCCAACAUCUAGUGGAAAGCCUUCCCAGAAGAGUGGAGGCUGUUAUAGCAGCAAAGGGGGGACCAACAGGAGAACCCUGGCAUAGUGACCUUAUCUUGGGUUUUAAACGCUUUAAAAUGGGCACUUCCGAAUUUUCGCUGUAUUUCCCGGGACACUGCAUAAAUAUGAAUUAUUCCCGGGAUCGAAACUUGGUAGAUUUUUUUUAAAGCUAAUUUAAAGAUCAGCCCCCCAGGUUAUAACAUAACGUUUGAUGUUUGUUCCCAACUUGCCCUGAUUGUGUCAACCCCAGAGUGGCUGAGGCUGAAGGUGUCGGGGCAGCGGUGUGAACCUCUGGAGCUGAACGCGGAGGACAGACAACGCAUAGAAGAGAUCAAGAGAGAGAUUCUCUUUAAACACCCGUUAAAGGUACUAUCAUAGUCACUCCUACUCAAUACCAACACCCGCUAAAGGUACUAUCAUAGUCAAUCCGACUCAAUACAAAACACCACUAAAGGUACUAUCAUACCUACUCAAUACAACACCCAUAAGGUGGUAGUCAAGUCACUCUACUCAAUAUCCAACAUCCCACUAAAGGUAUCAUGGUGCCUCCUACUCAAUACCAAAACCACUAAAGUAUUAUCAUAACCGUCACUCCUACUCAUCCAACACCCAUCUAAAGUAUAUCAUAGUCACUUCCUACUCAAUACCAAUCACCAUAAGGUAUUAUCCUAAUAGUCGCCUUGCUACUCAAUACCAAACACCCAUAAAGGUACUAUUAUAGUCACUCCUACUCAAUACCAAACACCCACUAAAGGUACAUCAUAGUCAUCCUACUCAAUACCAAACACCCACUAAAGGUACUAUCAUAGUCACUCCUACUCAAUACCAAACACCCACUAAAGGUACUAUCAUAGUCACUCCUACUCAAUACCAAACACCCACUAAAGGUACUAUCAUAGUCACUCCUACUCAAUACCAAACACCCACUAAAGGUACUAUCAGAAUCACUCCUCAACACCAAACGUAUAGGCAAGCUCAACUUCCUCACUCUCCGUUUUUUUAAAACCAUGUGAAUGUUGUCUUAUUUGGAUGCCAGCCUCCUCUCCUUGGACGGCCCAGGUGUGGUGGGUAAGGUAACUAACUGUGAGGUGUAUCAGUCUCAGGCGUGGCAUGGUGUGACGUUCCAAGAAAUCUGUUUACAAACCUGUUACACCAACUAUCCUAUCCUAGCAUCUAAGCAGUUUCCUGCUAUUGUAUACUAGACGUUUCACCAUGUUGUUGUAGUCCUGAACUAGCUCGCCUGUGUGCUAGCUCUGGAAUAGAUCAAACACAUGGAAUGGCUGGGGGUGGUGGUGUUCCAAGAAUGCUGUUCUACAAACCUGUUACGCCGACUGUAUUUGCUAGGGUUGAACAUUUUUUGGUAACAGAAUUUUUUUUCUCCCAGGUUUUCUAGAAAUCCAAGUUGUAGCAUUCCCAGAUUUCCUGCUUAUUCCCUCCUAAUUCCAGGAAUAUUCCAACCAGGAUUUCUAGAAAACCAGGAAUUUGGGUAAAGAUACCGGAAUUUUGCAACCCUAAUCUAAGCAGUUUGCUACUAUUGCUUCUCUCCAUUAUGAGAUGGAAGACGGCGCCGUGCUGUCUGGCUGCCGUCUUGCUAGCUCCAACCGACUUUGCUAUUUUGUGAUUCUUUUGACGUGUAUCUUUACUUUUUUUUUGUUGCACAAAAUGUAUCGGCUAUCAUUUCUUAUGAUCUGCAAUGACUUUUGAACAUCAGAUCAGCAGUUAUUAACCUCAAUUCCGACUUCGACUCAUCUGCCCUGGGCUCUUUGUGUAAUUCCGACGCAAUUUUCGCGCUACGCAAGAGGAAAUGCUGGCUAAAAAGAAGCAGGAAAUGGGGGAACCCUGGCGAGAUUAAGACGACGGGGAAAGCAGCCACCAAUUACCUCCUCUCUUUUUGGAAUGGAGGUAAAGGGUAAGAGCUGCUUAUUGACACACUGCUCGCUGAACCCGGGAGCCAGCCGCACCAACGUGUCGGGAGAAAACACCGUACAACUGGCGACCGUGUCAGCGUGCAUGCGCCCGGCCCGCCACAGGAGUUGCUAGAGUGCGAUGGGACAAGGACAUCCCGGGCCGACCAAACCCUCCCGUAACCCGGACGACGCUGGGCCAAACCCUCCCCUAACCCGGACGACACUGGGCCAAACCCUCCCCUAACUCGGACCACGCUGGGCCAAACCCUCCCCUAACCCUGACGACGCUGGGCCAAACCCUCCCCUAACUCGGACCACGCUGGGCCAAACCCUCCCCUAACCCGGACGACGCUGGGCCAAACCCUCCCCUAACCCGGACGACGCUGGGCCAAACCCUCCCCUAACCCGGACGACACUGGGCCAAACCCUCCCCUAACCCGGACGACGCUGGGCCAAACCCUCCCCUAACCUGGACGACACUGGGCCAAACCCUCCCCUAACCUGGACGACACUGGGCCAAACCCUCCCCUAACCCGGCCAAACCCUCCCCUAACCCGGACGACGCUGGGCCAAACCCUCCCCUAACCCGGACGACACUGGGCCAAACCCUCCCCUAACCCGGACGGCUCUGGGCCAAACCCUCCCCUAACCCGGCCAAACCCUCCCCUAACCUGGACGAUGCUGGGAAAAUUGUGCGUCGCUUCAUGGAUCUCCUGGUCGCGGCCGGCUGCGACACAGCCCGGGAUCGAACCCGGAUCUGUAGUGACGCCUCAAGCACUGCAGUGCCUUGGACCGCUGCGCGACUCUGAAGGCUCUUACCUCCAUUCUAUUGGCCAAUCACUUGAUAAUAAGAUGGAUGACCUCCGACCACGGAUUUGCUACCAACGGGACUCUUGUAACUGUAAUAUUCUCUUCGGACAAGAAACCCCUCAUGGCUAUCCAACUCGAUGGAUUCCCCAUUCACCGAGCAGACAGGACAUUGGAUUCACGGAAAUCAAGAGGGGGAGGGGUAUGUCUCUUCAUCAACAGCAAAUGGGAUGCUGACUCUAGUGCAGUGGAAGUCUCCACCCAGUGUUCACCCGUCUUGGAAUACCUGAUGGUCAAAUGCCGACCCUUCUACCUCCCGAGAGAGUUUUCAUCUGUUAUCGUGACUGCUGUGUACAUUCCACCUCAGGACAACCACAACAAGCUGGAACUUAACCAACUGUACGAGGCUAUGAACAAGCAGGAAACCAUGCACCCGGAGGCUGCUUUCCUUGUUGCCGGUGAUUUUAAUUCCGACAAGUAAUGACGCCCGACUUCCAUCAACACGUCUCCUUCGCCUUCCAUCAACACGUCUCCUUCGCCUUCCAUCAACACGUCUCCUUCGCCUUCCAUCAACACGUCUCCUUCGCCUUCCAUCAACACGUCUCCUUCGCCUUCCAUCAACACGUCUCCUUCGCCUUCCAUCAACACGUCUCCUUCGCCACUAGGGGCGAUAAAGACCCCUGUUACUCUACCCCACACGAAAGCAUUAAAGGCACUCCCAUAUCCGCCCCCCCCCCCUUCGGCAAAUCAGAUCAUGACUCUAUACUCCUGAUUCCUGUCUACAAGUAGAAGAAGCUCAAACAGGAAGUACCCGUGAUGCGCUCCAUUGAGAAAUGGUCCUCCGAAUCGGAGGCUAUGCCACAGGACUGCUUUUCGAGGUCUGACUAGAAUAUGUUCCGGGACUCCGUCGAUAGCGUCGACGAGCUUAACCACCUCUUUCACCGUCUUCAUUAGGGAAUGCUUCGCCGAUGUUGUCCCCACAGUGAAGGUUUGCUGCUUCUCCAAUCAAAAGCCCCGGAUUAACACCGAAGCUAAAUGACAGGGCUAUCGCAGCCAACCCAGAGGCUUCGGCUGAGGACAGGAACAGCUACAGGAAGUCCCACUACGACCUCCGCAGAGCCAUUAGACACCAAAAGCACAAUAUAGGAACAAGGUGGAAUCCUACUACACAGGCUCCGACGCCCGCUGCAUGUGGCAGGUGCUACAGUCCAUUACGGAUUACAGAGGAAGACCCAGCCGUGAUCUGCCCAACGAUGCCUCUCUACCAGAGGGACUCAACGAGCUCUACCAGGCUCCUGAACAGCUUUCAUCCCCAAGCCAUAAGACUGCCAAAUAGUUCACAAAAUGGCUACAGGGACUAUCUGCAUUAACUUCUGUUUUAUCCUGCAUUGACUUCUGUUUUAUCCUGCAUUGACUUCUGUUUUAUCCUGCAUUAACUUCUGUUUUAUCCUGCAUUAACUUCUGUUUUAUCCUGCAUUGACUUCUACUUUACAUUUUUGCUCUGGCUAUGCACACUACACACACUCACACACACUCACACACUCACACACACUGACACUCCAACACAUACUGACUCACACACACUCACACACACACUCACACUGACACUCCAACACAUACUGACUCUCACACACACACUCACACUGACACUCCAACACAUACUGACUCACACACUCACACACACUCGCUCACACUGACACUCCAACACAUACUGACUCACACACACUCACACACACACUCACACACACUCACACACUCACACACACUCGCUCACACUGACACUCCAACACAUACUGACUCACACACACUCACUCACACACCACUACCACUCACACACUCACACACUCACACACACUCGCUCACACUGACACUCCAACACAUAUGACUCACACACUCAACACACUCGCUCACACUGACACUCCAACACAUACUGACUCACACACUCACACACACUCGCUCACACUGACACUCCAACACAUACUGACUCACACACUCACACACACUCGCUCACACUGACACUCCAACACAUACUGACUCGCACACACUCACACACACACUCACACACACUUACACUCUCACUCACACUCACACUAACACCUACACUCACACACACACACACACACACACACACACACACACACACACACACCAUACAAUCAUCAUAUUUGCUGCUGCUACUCUGUUUAUCAUAUAUAUUGAUGCCUAGUCACCUUACCCCUAUAAAAUCUACCCCUACACCUACCACUCCAGUAUCCCUGCACAUUGUAAAUAUGGUAUUGGAUCACUGAUAUUGGAUCACUGAUAUUGAUCACUGCGUUGCUGAAAGGCCUUUCACUGUACUAGUGCUACUACUACUUGUGCGCGUGAUCAAUAACUAAACUUGAAAGUUGAUCUCAUGCCCCCUCUACAGUAGAAGGCAGCAUGGAGAUGGUAGUGAUGGGAGGGUUGGGAGGGUUGGGAGGGAUGGAUGGGAGGGUUGGGAGGGAUGGAUGGGAGGGGUUGGGAGGGAUGGAUGGGAUGGAUGGGAGGGUUGGGAGGGUUGGGAGGGAUGGGAGGGCUGGGAGGGAUGGGAGGGUUGGGAGGGAUGGGAGGGAUGGGAGGGUUGGGAGGGCUGGGAGGGUUGGGAGGGAUGGGAGGUUGGGAGGGUUGUGGUGUUUUGGGGCAUGUGUCCCAUGCUGUUGAGUGGUGGGGUGUGUGUAGCCAAGCCUACUACAGAUCUUUUCCUUUCUAGUUUGAUCGUGGUUGAAUUCCUAAAAGCAGUCAGGUGGUCCAGUCUUGGAUUUGGGUGAAAUGUUUAAUAAGAGUUAACGUCUGGUCAGUUGAAACUGGUUAUUUCUGGUCAGUUGAAACUGGUUCUUUCUGGUCAGUUAAAAACUGGUUCUUCCUGGUCAGUUGAAACUGGUUCUUUCUGGUCAGUUGAAACUGUUCCUUUCUGGUCAGUUGAAACUGUUCUUUCUGGUCAGUUGAACGUUUCUUUCGGUCAGUUGAAAACGGUUCUUUCUGGUCAGUUGAAACUGGUUUCUUUUUCUGGUCGUUGAAACUGGUUAAUAAUUCUCUGGUCAGUUACAACUGGUUAUUUCUGGUCAGUUGAAACUGGUUCUUUCUGGUCAGUUGAAACUGGUUCUUUCUGGUCAGUUGAAACUGGUUCUUUCUGGUCAGUUGAAACUGGUUCUUUCUGGUCAGUUGAAACUGGUUCUUUCUGGUCAGUUGAAACUGGUUCUUUCUGGUCAGUUGAACACGGGUUCUUUCUGGUCAGUUUAAACGGGUUCUUUCGGUCAGUGGAAACUGGUUCUUCUGGUCAGCUUGUAGCUGGUGGCAUCCUCCCCUGUUCCCAGAGCCCCUAACCCAGCCUGCACACCAGACAGCAUUACGCCGUCCACCUCUCCAGCUCCAGGGCCAGCCUCCCUCCCAACCCCAGCCUCCCUCCCACCCCAGCCUCCCUCCCACCCCAGCCUCCCUCCCAACCCCAGCCUCCCACCCUACCCCAGCCUCCCUCCCAACCCCAGCCUCCCUCCCAACCCCAGCCUCCCUCCCAACCCCGCCCUCCCUCCUACCCCGGCUGAGACCAGUUCUGUCGAGCAGCAGCAGCGGCUCAGGGCCCUGAGGGCAGCAGAGGACCGUCUGUCCCACCAGCUACAGCAGCUGAGCAGGAAGCCGUUUGACUCCAGUGUUGAGCUGCGUACCCCUCUAAGCAGGAAGCCGUUUGACUCCAGUGUUGAGCUGCGUACCCCUCUAAGCAGGAAGCCGUUUGACUCCAGUGUUGAGCUGCGUACCCCUCUAAGCAGGAAGCCGUUUGACUCCAGUGUUGAGCUGCGUACCCCUCUAAGGCAGGACCUAGAGGCGCAGGUCAGACAGAUCGCCCUCAGAGAGGGGUUAUCCGUCCUCCCUAGACCCCACCCAGCUCAGGCUCCACCCCUCACCUCCAUCACCAUUGCCACCUCCCGCCACUCCCCCUUCUCCCCCCUCCCCCCCCUCCCCGAGCCUCUACAGGUGUCUCAGUUCAUCUUAGAAGGGGUCUCCGAGCCCACGGCGCAGGGGUGGCUGCCUCAGACACAGCCCCGGCAGCAGGAGAGGGAGGGCACCACCACCUCAACACACUGCUCCACGUCCACAGACCCAACCACCAUGACUGGAUCACAGCCCCGGCAGCAGGACAGGAGGGCACCACCACCUCAACACACUGCUCCACGUCCACAGACCCAACCACCAUGA